CUUGUUGCUGACAUCAAGAAGUACACUCUUGAAAAUUACGAUGAACACUACAAUAAACUCUACAGAUACAGAGAACUCCUCUGACGGUAAGUCGAAUCUCAAACAUUUGCGUGAUUGAUAAAGGGCUUUGAAAGAAAGCAUAGAAUAAUGUAGGCUGUCACGUAAACAUUUUUUUCCUUAUUCAACUAUCGUCUACUCAUUUUUGCUGUGUUUACAAGGCUGAUAUGGCAACUCUUGUCGUUUUAAACGGCUGUGAAUAUAAGAAAUUCAUAUAUUUGAACUGCGGAUAAAGACGUGAAUAUGAAAGCGAUCUUCGCAUUUAUGAACACUACUUAAGCAGUAACGAAAAGAAGGCUUGAAAAAACAUUCAGGCCUGUACGGGAUACGAAUUUCAUAUAUUUACAACCGUUUAUUCACCACUUCACGGGUUUAUUUGGAACCAACACACACGGCAAAAAAACAAGCGUUCACCGUACGGAAAACGAAGGUUGAAUUUACGGAAAACGUGGCAAUUUACUAUCUUUUACCCGUGUUUUGCCUACGGAAAAUCCGACGUUUUCUGCGCGUUUUCGCAUCGGUGAAUCCCAGUAUUCGUUCCAUUAUUCGGUAGUUUUCCUUCGCGGUAAAUGCAGAUAAACAAUUCAUUUUCCGGCAUUAACCGCUCGGUUAACACAUGGCAAACAGCGUGUUUUCCUUUCGUUCAUUGGCAUUUUCCGAGUGAACAACAACGUAUUCACCGGAGUUAACAGCUGAAAACACGCAAUAAUGUGUGUAAAUACGGGACCAGCUCCCAGUUGGCUUGUUAGCUCAGUUGGUAGAGCACUGCAUCGGUAUCGCAGAGGUCAUGGGUUCAUCCCGUACAGGCCUGAAUUUUUUUCAGGCCUUCUUUUCGCUACUGCUUAAGUAGUGUUCAUAACGGCGAAGAUCGCUUUCAUUUUGACGUCUUGCCGUUGUGGCCAAUGGUCGUUUGAGUUGCAUUUUGUCUGUCUUCAACUCGUUUGACGAGAUUAUGAAACAUAUUUUUCACCAAAUAAACAAUUUAUUGUAUGGUAUGUGCUUGAAAGGAGAGGGUCACUAGAGAUUUAUGUUCAACUGAACAACGUGUAAUUUUACGAUUGUCAUUCCAUGAAAUGCUUCGAAUGGGAAGAAAGCGAAACGAACCGUUUACAUUGAACUGAUUAUGGUGCUAUUUAUCAACGUAAAACUGGGAAGACGUACGAAGGAAGCUCGUUGCAUACUGACGUCGCCACGGUAUGCAAUAACAGGAUGCUAUCAUUUAGCUGCGGUAGUCUCGGUGUAUGUUGAAAGGAAAGGCACGUCCUUGUUAAGACAUUUCAGCACUGUUUUUCUUUACAGUCGAGGCAUUAAAAUUCAGAGAACGUGUAGCAUCUGUUUUGUCGCCUGUUUAAUCUGUUUAUCGCGAAGUUAGUUAGAUAGCAAAUUAACUUGCACCUUAAAAACCUGUCGGAGAAAAUAACUUUGUAGCAUCAUGGGAUCUAAGCCAAAUUAAAUCGCACUCAACGCCAUCAUGUGCUUGUCCAUCAAAUGGCGUCAUGCGAUAAUCAGUUUAUCAAAAACUCUUAAUUUGAAUCCGUCAAAUUUUGACGAGUUCAUUUUAUUGACUUUCUCCCGGCACUUUUUAUCUUGUAUGCGUGUGACCUUUUUCUUCUGAGGUUAGGGGGCUUCAACAUGCAGUCGUGCUUCCGUAGCCUUAGCAUUUUUUCACGAGUUUUAAAUUCAAUAAAUGCCAUUUCAUAGCGAGUCAAUAAUUCACUGAUUACCAAAAGAGCUUUCGUCAUUACCAUUACUGAAUGACCACUAAUGCCAUGCUCGAGUGCGUCAAUGGCCUCUCUUACUGUAUAGGCACCUCUUACAGGGCAACUGAAAGAAAACCGAAAUAGAUAUGAUUACAACCGAUUAAUGAAGGCAUAACAGGCUAAAAGAAUCAUUUCUAAUGGACUGAUUAGAAAGUACUUCCAAUAAUGCCAGGCUAUCUUAUUUUUCGUGAGGUUGUUGUCUAGACUCCUUUAAAAUCCUAUUUGGUUCGAAUUUUGGUGCUUUUAUGUCGGAAUCUAAAAAAAAAAUCACCAGAUACAAAACACUGAUUACCAUAUGAAUCAGGAGAAAAUAAAUGAUUUCUUCCUGUUGCGGCUGGUUGAGAGACUAAGCCGUCCAGACAAUAAAAAAAAUGUUGUUCGAGUGUAACUAAAGGUUAAUGAUAUGAUUUUUUAACACAGGGCACGGACGCAAAAAAAAAAUACAUGUAAAUUACUUUUUCAUUCGACGGAGUGGGAGGGCCGAACGGGAAAAUAUCUGACUCAAGAUCAUAAGAUACAGGCUUUUCCAGACCGGCUCUCGUCAACUAGUCGGGCCCCAUCGACGUCAGCUUUCACUCUUGUUUUCAGAAGCGCUGAUUGAUUAGAAAGUACUCCCAAAAAUCCCAUGCUGAUCUUAUUUUUCGUGAGGUUGCUGUCUUGACUCCUUUAAAAUCCUAUUAGGUUCGAAUUUUCGUGCUUUUAUGUAUGAAUCUAGAGAAAUCAUUAGAUACAAAACAUUGAUUACCAUAUGAGCCGGGAGAAAACAAGUGAUUUUUUUUUUCGUUGCGGCUGGUUGAGGGGCUAAACCUUCCAGACAAAAAGAAAAUUGUUGUUAAUGAUGUGAUUGUUUACACACGGGGCAUGGACGAAAAAAAAGUACAUGCUAAUAAUUUCAGUUACUUCUUGUUCACUCGACGGGUGGGAGGGCCGGACGGGAAAAUAUUUGAUUCGAGGUCUGGACAUACGGACCUGUAGCGCAAGGAAACGCCUGACGACUUUUCCAGACCGGCUCUCGUCAACUCGUCGGGCCUCAUCGACGUCAGCUUUCGUUCUGAUUUUCGCUAGCGUGGCCGUACAGUUCUUUUGAUGAUAACGAAACAUAAAAAAGGGAAAAAAAGGCAGAUAUUGCAAACAUGCAAUAACAAGAAAAACCAAAACAAAACAAUACAGAACAUACCCCUCUGUUUGCUUUACACAGGGCAGUCACCUGGCCUCAGCUCUCUACAUAGGACGAUCUUCACAGUACUGUAUUCGAUGACCAUAUUUGUGGCAGUGGUCGGAAAUCUUCUUCUGAUCUUCAUCAUCAAAAGAAGACCAGAAACAAGAUCGCUGACUGGUUUCCUGUUUGUCAACAUGGCCGUCGCUGACCUUCUGGUGGCUCUGAUUGCUAUGCCUGUCACCCUGCAUAUCCUGCACGGUGGUGGGGUAUGGGCAACGGGAAUGUUUGGAAAUGUCACGUGUUCGCUUACGUUUUUCACGUUUUAUGUCACACUCGGCGCAUCCAUUUUAAGUCUGUUGAUUAUGUCAGUGGAUCGUUACUUUGCAGUUGCCCGUCCUCUUCACCGUUUUGAGACGUUUCGAAAGGCUAGAGUCCUAAAUGUGUUUAUUUGGUUGAGUGCAAUUAUUUUCUCCAUUCCAGCUGCUAUUAUUUGGAGGCUUGUUCAUUGGCUUCAAACUGAGGGUUUGGUUUGCGGUCCAAAAUAUGAAGAGCUUGGCAAAUUUGGGAUGAGGGGUUUCUACACUUACCUCGUUCUAAUUAUGUACCUGAUUCCACUUAUCAUAAUAAUUACCCUUUAUUCUCGGAUCUGCCUCACGCUUUGGCACCGAAGCAUGCCAGGUGAAGCUUCGUCCGAAAUUGAGAAACGUAACGAGAUUACGAAGCGAAGAGUUGUGCGUAUGCUCGUCAUAAUCACUGCUGUUUUCGCUCUUUGUUGGUUCCCGACUCACUUUUUUCAUUUAGUUAUUGCAUAUCGUCCUGACGUCUAUUGGAAACUUCCGUAUUACGUAAUGAUCCUUUGCUUCUGGUUGGGUCACGCAAACAGUGCGGUAAACCCAUGGCUGUACAUGAUGUUAAACGAGAAAUUCCGUAUCGCCCUCAGUGCUACUGUACGCAGAAGGGAUCCAAGAAUGCGAUCCGGCUCAAACAGAACCCAGUCCACCUCAAAGUACACUUCAAUCAAAGGCGGCAAUUCGUUCAAGACAAGACAGUCAAAUAGAGAAAAAUCCAAAGCAGAAACAUUCAUGUGAGACGAUAUGCACUUAAUCCAACUUAAUGCUUAUCGGGCUUCUUCAUGUAAAACCGCCAUCAAAUGUCCUGCUGCCAUAGAAAGCGCGAUUUACAACAUUCAGUAAUUUAGAGUUCUGCGUGCGAUAGUGUCAGAAACGUUGGAGUGCGAUUGAUAGUAGAUGGUUGUCAUUGCCGUUUGACAAUUUUUUCAAUGUUCUCCCACGCAAAGAGAGUCAGCACGUGAGGGAAGAAGAAGAUCGGGUGAUCCUUUGCCAAUAUUUCUAUGUCGAACCUCCUUACCUGAGAACAGACGCAAGAUUCUCAGACAAGAAUUAACUGACUUAGCUAUAGUUGCAACGAUCCCUCCAUCAUUUGUUACUCAACGGUGUUUGCUAGAAUUGAAAAUCCGUAGGGAGACACUGAUUGAGCCCUGGUGAGCCCAACCUUGACCAGCGCGUUUUUUUGUUUGUUUGUUUUUUUCGGUUUGGCGACUCUUUUUUAUCGAAUUUUUUACCCCGUAACCCUUGUGGAUAUAGUAAGGUUUGGCGCCGAAAACACUUUGUUUUGUUUAUUGAUAGUUUUUGUUUUUUGUUUAUUAUAUUGUUGUUAUAAUCAUUAUUAUAGAAUGACUUAUCAAAAUCAUGAUGAUCAGCUUGAAAAGAGGGCCACCGUGCUCUAGCCAAUAGUGUUAUCCUAAUGCAAAAAAAUUUGUUUAGUUCUAAAACUGUUCUUAAUUGUAAGUGUGUUUCUUCCACGCCCCACAUUUAAGCUGCUAAAGAAAGGAGACCAAGGCCAGAAUUGCUUUCUGAGAGCAUUCGUUACAAGAUAUAAAAUAUGUAGAGCUCGAAAAAGCUCACGAUUUCAUUUUUUUUCCUUUUUUGCACUACUUUUUGUCUUCAAGCGCCAAUAACUGAGAAAGAAAACCUUCCGAGGACAUAGAGGCAACCUCCCGAGAUCGACUUCGGUCCGCCUGAAAUUAUUGAGAUCAACCAUAUUGCUCCAAUCAUUUCUUUGUUAAAAAACAACUGGGGGCGCUCAAGACGAAGCGAAACGAAGCGAGCAUUAUGAGCAAGUCCUUCCCCGUGCGUUUCUUAUCCUUUAAAGUUACCACCAGACUGAAAGCAAGACUCGUUUCCUUUAGUAACCCCAGAAGAGUUAGGUCGAAAGAGGUUUUUUCAAAAACAUGCACAGAUCAUACAUUUCUCUGUUUGUUUACACGCCAGAUAAUCCUCGAAUUCGGACGUGGUCACAAUAAUUUUUUACAAACCAAAAAGAGACCGCACAGACACGCAAUUUGUUUCUUUUGUUAUGCGUCUAGCUAAAUCUCAACCAAUGAUAAAGUGUGAUACGAGCAUGGGAACGUAAUUCUGAGUAUAUGUAUAGUAA